CUGAUUGGUCAACUUCCAGUCCCGUUCAUAUGACAGGCAAAAUACUUGCGGUAGCCUUACGAGCAGUAAACCCGUAGUAACUAAUCGUUACCUGGACAUCUCAAACAUGGCAGAAGAAAGAUCCGAAAGAUCUGAUGGAAAGAUUGUAAAGAUGGAGGUCGACUACAGCUCAACUGUAGAUCAACGUCUCCCGGAAUGCGAGAAAAUGGCUAAAGAUGGCAAGCUGCAAGAAGCAGUUGAAAGCCUGUUAUCAUUAGAGAAGCAAACUAGAACGGCAUCAGACAUGGUGUCGACGUCAAGAAUCCUUGUGGCUGUGGUCCAGAUGUGUUAUGCAGCAAAAGACUGGGAUGCUCUGAACGAAAACAUUAUGCUACUUUCUAAAAGGAGGAGUCAGCUGAAGCAGGCUGUUGCAAAAAUGGUGCAAGAAUGUUACAAAUAUGUUGAUUCUGUGACGGAUUUGACCAUAAAGCUCCGGCUCAUUGACACGCUUCGGACUGUGACUGCUGGAAAGAUCUAUGUCGAGAUUGAGCGUGCCAGGCUCACAAAGACCUUGGCUAAUAUCAAGGAACAAAGUGGAGAUGUAAAAGAGGCAUCAUCCAUUCUUCAGGAGCUGCAGGUGGAGACAUAUGGCUCAAUGGAGAAAAAAGAAAAGGUGGAGUUCAUCUUGGAACAGAUGAGGCUUUGUGUUGCUGUCAAGGACUACAUUCGCACACAGAUCAUCAGCAAGAAGAUAAACACCAAAUUUUUCCAAGAGGAAGGCAGUGAGGAACUGAAGCUGAAGUAUUACAACCUAAUGAUUCAAGUGGACCUACACGAGGGGUCUUACUUGUCUAUCUGCAAACACUAUCGGGCCAUUUAUGACACCCCAUGCAUCUUGGAAGACAGCACAAAGUGGCAGCAGGCCCUGAAGAGUGUCGUGCUGUACGUGAUUCUUGCACCAUAUGACAAUGAACAGUCUGACCUCGUACACAGAAUCAGUGCAGAUAAGAAAUUGGAAGAGAUUCCCAAAUACAAGGAGCUUCUGAAGCAAUUCACCACCAUGGAGCUUAUGCGCUGGGCUGCCCUUGUGGAGGAUUAUGGGAAGGAGCUGCGAGAGGGCUCACCUGGGAGCCCCGCUACAGAUGUCUUUUUGUAUUCCGAGGAGGCGGAGAAGCGGUGGAAGGACCUGAAGAACAGAGUAGUGGAGCAUAACAUAAGAAUAAUGGCCAAAUAUUACACCAGAAUCACCAUGAAGAGGAUGGCUGGGCUCCUUGACCUCUCCAUUGACGAAUCCGAGGAGUUUCUCUCCAGCUUAGUUGUGAACAAGACCAUCUACGCCAAAGUGGACCGUCUGGCCGGAAUCAUCAACUUCCAGAGGCCCAAAGAUCCCAACGACCUCCUUAAUGACUGGUCACAAAAACUCAAUUCUCUCAUGUCGCUGGUCAACAAGACCACACAUCUCAUUGCCAAGGAGGAAAUGAUCCACAACUUGCAGUGAAACAACAUUGUAGUUUUUUUCCCCCAUUGUUGUAGUUUUCCCUCCUUCUGAGGAAUUGUUUUUGAGUAUACAAUAACGUAAGAUCUGCAGUAUAAGCAUGGCAGCAGGGCUGUGCGGAGUUGUUUAUUCCAUUAAAAACGGAUACAUGACUGUUGUAUACUCUUGUCACAUCUUGAAUUGUUACCGCCUGACCAUUUAAAAUAAACUUCCGUUUGUGUAA